AAGCUCCCAUGGCGGAGGCGUCUCUACUCCAGCGGCUGGUGGCCGCGCUCGCCUGCCUGCUCCUCAGCUGCCCGGGGCUGCGAGGACAGGGACCCGAGCCGGCAUCCGAGCUCUACUUGCCCGCUCCGGGCGCACCAGGCGGCGCCGCCAGCUGCCCCGACGGUUCCAGCGUCCUGAUUGCCAGGGCGGCGCUCCGGGUGUCCGUGGGCCGCUCGCGGUGGCUCGACCCGCUCCGGGACCUGGUGAUCCGCGUGCAGCAGCCCCGGGCCGGGUGCGAGGUGACGGUCCUGGACGCCCCGCAGCUGCGCCGCCUGGGCAAGCUCGUCCCGCGCCGCUUCCCCUGCGCCUUCGGGUUGCGCCAGGUGGCCUUCAUGCACUGGGGCGCCCGGAGCCAACGGCGCGCCCUGGUGCCGCUGCAGCUGCGCUACGACGCCCCGGCUUGCACGCUGGCUCUGCCCUUUACGCUGGCCGUGGCCGUGGACUUCCCGCCGCUGGAGCUGGUGGCGCGCAACAGGCCUUUGGCUGUGGAGAAGCCUCGCGGCUGCAGCCGGACCAUCGACAGGCGAGUGCUGGACUUCGCCACCGGGGAGGCUGGAGGCGCGCACAGGUGCCGGCUCACCCCUCUCCCGCCCGACGCCGGCCCGCUGCCGGAGUUCGGACGCUUAGUGGACGCCACGGGGACCCCGCUGCCCAGAGGCCGUGGCGUAGACUGUGCAGCUUUUGUCCGAGCUGGGGUGCGCUACCAGCAUCGAUUCACCAGCUCCUCAAGGCCCCGCUGGGACUCGGUGCCCAUGAUGGUGGAGCUGCUGGGUGCGCCCAAGGGUGGCCCCGGGGUUCUGGAGGUGCAGCAUCGGGAGCAUUUCCAGCUGCUGGUGAGACUCCACCAAAACCAGAACACAGCGCCUCGGCCCAGCGCCAGAGCCUCGAUGGUGCUGGAAGUGAGUCUGAGCAUGCUAGCUGUCCUGACCCCCGACGCCUUGGCUGCGGAGGACUCGGAAUCUGAGCCCGAUGACCUGGUCUUCAACAUCCUCAGUGGCCCUCCCACCCCUCCAGGGCUUCCGGAGUUCUGGGGCCACCUGGUGAGCACCGAUGACCCCCUGGGACCUCCAGUCUCCUCCUUCACUCAGCGGGAGCUGCGGGAGCUGAAAAUCAUCUACUUGCCCCCUGCGGCAGCGCCAUCAGCCCAGGAGCGUCUCUUGCAGCUGGAGCUGGAGGUGGUGGAUGGAGACCGCGCAGCCUCGACGCCCUUCACCUUCACCGUGGUACUGAGGGCGGUAGACGCCCUGGCCCCCGUGGCCAUCUACCACGGAGGGCUGCUGCUCCGGGAAGGUCAGGCACGGGCCCUAUCCGGCACUCACGGCCUCCAGAUCCGUGACCAGGACAACCUGGACGAGGUGAACGUGACCGCCGUCCAGGGCUUGAGACACGGGCAGUUGCUGAUACUGGGGGCGGCAGCCAAGCCGGCCAAGCAGUUCAGCCCCCGGGACCUGGCCGAGGGUCGCGUGGUGUAUCAACACGAUGGCAGCGACUCCUCCAGCGACAACAUCCUCUUCCGCUUGGAGGACGGGCGGCACCGGGUGGAAUUUCUUUUCCCUGUCACCAUCAUACCCAUGGACGAUGAGCCUCCAAGGAUCACAGUCAACACAGGUGUCCGGCUAGGCACAGGUCAGCUGGUCCGCAUUACCCCCUGGAUGCUGCGGGCCACAGACCCAGACUCUGACGACUCAGUCAUCCGAUUUGUGCUGGAGGACCAGCCCCUGGAGGGAAAUGAGGCUGAGACAGAAUGGGACCCCUCACCCGGUUUUCCCCACUCGAGACAGGCCCUGGGAGAGCUGCUGCUGCGACAGGCCACAUCUCCUCCGCCCCCUGAAGCUGCAGACUGGUGUUUCAUGGAAGAAGAGGGACUUUAUGAGAAGGUGGUGGCCGAGUGGUUCCAGUGUGACAUCACAGAAGGGAGACUCUUCUACCGCCAUCUUGGACUCCAGCAUCAUCAAUCCACCACAACCCAGCUGAUCUUCCGAGUGCAGGAUGACCACGACCCUCCCAAUCUGUCCAGCCAGCACAGGUUAACCAUUGAGGUCCGACCUGUGGAUCUGCAGAGCCCAGAGCUCACUCCAGGAACCACCCUAAAAAUGAGGGUACAGCAAUACCAGCUCACUCCCUUCCAUAACAAAUGCCUCCAGUACACGGACCUGGAGUCUGACGAGCAGAAUUUGGGGUACACCCUUCUGACACUCCCCACAGACUCAGACGCCAACCACCCUGUGCAGGUAGGAGAAAUUGUGCUCACUGACUCCCCAGACACACCCAUCAUCCACUUCACCCAGGCACAGGUAAACUGCCAGCUAGUUGCCUACCAGCCCCCUCGGGAGUUGGGAAUUGCACCCCAGCUGGUCCAGUUCACCUACCAGGUGGAAGAUGCUGCAGGCAACCAUGUGACCGGGACAUUUUCAGUCUUCCUGGAGCCUGUGGCUGACCAGCCCCCGGAGGUCACCAACAGAGGCUUUUCUGUCUCAGAGGGAGAAAACUUUGUUCUUAGCAGAAAUGAACUGGAUGUCACAGACCCUGACACAGAUGUUGACUGUAUUGUCUUUGUAUUAGUUAUGGGUCCUCAAUACGGACAUUUGCAAUACUUGCAAAAAGAUCUGGCUCUGGGACAAGCUUUUUCACGAGCUGAUAUUAUCAAUGGAAGUAUCUCUUAUCAGCACAGCAGAAUCCAGUCUACCAGUGACACCUUCCAUCUGGAGGUGAGGGACAGAGUGCACAAAAUCCCCAUUAUGGUUCGGAUUUUUGUGCAUCCUGAAAUUGCAGAGAAAAGUCCCAGAAUCUCUCUCACAGGGAGUCCACUCUUAGAGGUGUCUAUGGACGUCCCGGAGCAUGGAGCCGCUGAACUUGCCAUGGGCACCAUCCGUGACCAAAGGAAGGGUAAUGGGGAUUUGAUGCUCUCCUUCGUUGUGGAGGACCUCCCCAAAAUGGGGGUGAUUCUGGUGAAUGGUUUACCUACAGACCAAUUCACCCAAGAUGACCUCAUCAGUGGGGCUGUGAUCUAUGACCACACCUGGGGCGAAGUGGGUUACCAGGGGCAGCAGGACACCUUCAGCCUCGCCCUCUCCAAAAACUCUUAUCAGUGGGUGGUGGGGGACGCUAUAGUGGAGAGGGUACUAGUGCAUGUGAUGGUGCUGCCUGUGGACAAUGUGGCCCCCAAAGUCUCAAUGGGAAAGUCCUUUGUUGUCCGUGAAGGUGGAAAGAGCCCCUUGACUGUACAGCAUCUGAGCAUUGAAGAUAUAGACACACACCAAGAAGCAAUCACAUGCACAGUGACCACCCAGCCAGCAUCCGGCUACCUGGAGAAUAUAGCAGCUGCCCCUGGCUCUAGGGAAUCCCAGGCUGGUCAGCCCAUCAGUGCUUUCUCCAUCAGCGACAUCCAAGCAAGGAACAUACAUUACGUACAGAGCAUCCACAAGGGGGUGGAACCCCAAGAAGAUCAUUUCACCUUGUAUUGCUCUGAUGGUAUCCACUUCUCCCCAACAGCCUUUUUCCCCAUCAUCAUAUUACCCACCAAUGAUGAACAGCCUCUACUCUCUGCCUGCAAGUUUGUUGUGUUAGAGGGGAUGAGUCUGGUGAUAGAUGCUUCUCUGCUUGGUGCCACCGAUGCAGAUUUGCCACCCAAUGAGUUUUACUUCCAGCUCACAGCCCUCCCUCGGCAUGGGCGGGUCCUACAACAGCUGGCUACGGGAAGCCAACUCAUCCGUAGGUUCACCCAGCAUGAAAUCCAGGCCGCCUCCACCAUAGUGUAUGAACAUGAUGACUCCGAGAGCACUGAGGACAGUUUUGAGGUCUGGCUUAGUGACGGCUGGCAUGUGACCCACACCACGGUCUGUAUCACGGUGACCCCGGUGGAUGAUGAGACCCCUCAGCUGGUCACCAACCUUGGGCUUUGGGUUGAGACCAGCCACACCACGGUCAUCACCAAUAGGGUCCUCAAGGCCACUGAUGUUGACUCGGAUGAUAAGAGUCUGAGUUUUGUCCUGCGUUCCAGACCUCAACAAGGGUUCCUGCAACUACAGCAAAAAGCAGGAGGAGAUGUGAGGAGCAACCUCACCCUGGGAAUGAAUUUCACCCAGGGGGACAUCGACACAGGGCGUGUCUCUUAUACCCACACUGGCCCCCAGGGAGCCCCUGAUCUUCUCGAAUUAGAUGUGACUGAUGGUGUGAAUACCUUAUCCUGCUGCUAUUUCUACAUCUCCCCAGGCAGUUCCAAACAAGUCUUCCCUGAGGUGUUCAGCAAGAGUCUGUCCUUGGCAGAAGGCAACAGGGUGACCUUCCCCACUGAUCUCCUUAGCACCAGUGAUGUAGACAGCCCUGGUACCCCCUUUCAUGCAAAUAUCAUCCGGGCUCCUAGCCAUGGGCACCUGGAAAGCUCUGACCAGCCUGGGGAUCCCAUUGUCUCCUUCACACAGCAGCAGUUGACGGACCACAAAAUAGUCUAUGUUUGUACGUCAAACAACAAGCUAAGGAUGGACCUUGUAGAGCUCCAGGUGACCUAUGGACGCCAGUCUGGAGAGAGAAUCUUCAAGGUCUUCAUUACAACUAAGGAAGACAAGAAGCCCAUUUUGACAGUCCACACUCUAGCUCUGCAGAAAGGGCAGCAUAAACUCAUCACUGCCUUGGAGUUGACAGUGGAAGAUGAGGAGAGCCCCGACAACCUUCUUCUCUUUACCAUCAGCCAGCUGCCCAUCUGUGGCAGUGUUGUAUACAAUGGCAGCCAUCCUGUGAUCACCUUCACCAUGAGGGACCUGAAAGAGAACCUCAUUAGCUACUGGCAUGAUGCCAGUAAUAAGACGGAAGACUUUUUGGCCUUGACCGUGACAGAUGGGAUUCACACCGAGUUCUAUGUCUUCCCAGACACUGUCCAGGAGACACACAACCCACAGAGAAUGAGAAUCUCUAUACAUCCCUUAGACAAUGGCAUCCCCAAGAUUGCCAUUAACAGGGGUGCCCCAGCCUUACAGCCCCUUCCUGGUGGACACGUGGGCAUUGUGGUGACCAAUGAGUCUCUGAAGGCUGUGGAUUGGGACAGCCCUCAGGAGUUCCUGAAGUACCAAGUGACCAGAAGACCUCAGCAUGGCUUCAUUAUCCAUACUGGCUUCAGAAAUGAGAGCAUGCAAGUGUUUACACAAGCGGACAUUGAUGAGCGAAGGAUCCUCUACAUCUUGAAAGAGAGCAGUAGUGCCACGAGGGAUGUCUUCUACUUCUCCGUUGAAGACACUGGAGGAAAUAAAUUGACCGAUCAGUCCUUCCACCUACAUUGGGCUUGGAUUUCCUUGGAGAAAGAGUACUACAUUGUGGAGGAGGAAGCCUCGUUCUUGGAAGUGAUGCUGAUACGCAGGGGAUGCCUGGCUGAGACAGCCUUUAUCAGCAUUGUUACCAGAGAUGAAACUGCACAAAAAGAUCAAGAUUUUCAAGGAAAGACACAGGCAAAGGUUCAGUUCGAUCCUGGGCAGUCAACAGCCACAUGGAGAGUGGAAAUCAUACCCGACCGUGGAUAUGAGGUUUCAGAGACCUUCCAGAUCCUUCUGUUGGACCCAGUGAUGGCUGUUCUGGAAUUCCCAGAAAUGGCAACUGUUGAAAUUGUAGACCCAGAGGAUGAAUCCACCGUUUUUCUUCCGGAGGCAGAAUUCACAGUGGAGGAGGCAGUUGGGGAACUUUUGAUUCCUGUGAGGCGCUCUGGAGAUGUGAGCCAGGAGCUCACAGUCUUGUGCUCCACCCAUCAUGGUUCUGCUGCUGGCUCUAUGACCUCCUCCACACUCUCCUCCUCUGACUACAUCUCUCGGCCCCGAGAUCACCGCAGCAUCCUCCGCUUCGAUCAGCACCAGCUGGAGCAGAGCUGCAGAGUCCUCAUCCUAGAGGACUCCCAGUAUGAGGAAGACGAGUUCUUCUGGGUGUCCCUGAGCCUGCCUGUGGGUGGACAACUGGGAGACCACUUCCCCAGGGCCAAGGUCACAAUCCUGGCAGAUCCCCGGGAUGUGCCCACCCUGCGCUUCCAGGAUGCUGAGUACCACGUGGAUGAAGGCUUCGGGACCCUGGAGGUCUAUGUCCUUCGCUCAGGCCCCGACCUCUCCCGCUCUGCUUCGGUCACUGUGCAGUCCCGGAGAGCCAUGACCGCAGUGGCCAAAGCUGGAAAGGACUAUGUUGGCGUCCGCCGGAGACUGGACUUCGCUCCUGGAGUGCACAUACAAACGGUCCUAGUGACCAUCCUUGCAGAUGCCCUGGGACAGUCUGUCCUGGAAGGUCCAAAGAGGUUUGAGUUGCUUCUCCAGAUGCCCCUGGAUGCUGUGCUGGCAGAACCACACAAAGCCACCGUUAUCAUCGAUGACACCAUGUGACAACUAGAAGCAGAGCACUGGGCCCUUGGAUGAACCAAGGCCAGGAAACUUCCUAACACCUUCCUGACAAUAUAAGGCUCUGAGGUUCCAGGACAGUGACCACUUUGAGCUCUCCUACUGGUCUGUGUGCUCUAGUGGGAUGUGUGUGAGUGUCUGACUGAGUCAAGGCUAGAGCGAGGGAAGGAGUGGGUUCAUGGAGGGAACUGAUCUCUAGAUUUCCUUUCUCUGUAUUCCUUAAGCUGUUUCUAAGACUAGUGGAAUUCUUGAUCCUCAGUUAAAUCAAUGGUAAAGACCAGAAGGAGUGGCCUGGCCUUGUUUGGUGCUGAACAGGAAGUCCUUGCCAAGGGCACAAAAGCUUCAGAGUUCGGAGCUAUUGGUGCCUCUAAUGGAAACCUCAGUUCCAUUUUGCUCCUCCUUCUUG